AUGGGCUACACCACACUAUGGAAGCGCCUUUCGCCACGUCAGCUGAACGUGGCCAUUCAGACGUUUUCGCUGAUUUCGAUCUUCUUCGAAGGCUAUGACCAAGGUGUGAUGGGUGGCGUCAACAGUUCACCAACAUAUAUGACAGAGGUUGGAAUUGGUGAAUCUGAUGGCACGGUGACCGACACCACACACCAGGGUGGCAUUGUCAGUGUUUAUUACUUGGGCGCGAUCUUCGGCUGUUUUGCCGGCGGGUGGCUUGCAGAUCGAGUCGGCCGGAUCAAUGGCCUACUCGCUGGAUCAUUGUUCGCAUUGGUUGGUGGCGCCCUGCAAGCGGCUGCCCAGAACUCGAACUUCAUGUUGUGUGCUAGAGUGGUCACUGGCGUUGGGACCGGCGCUCUGACAGGCAUCACUCCGGUGUUGGUGGCGGAGACCUCUUCCGCAAACCAUCGAGGUGGUUUCUUGGGCUAUGUCUUCAUUGCAAAUUAUUUAGGAAUCUCCGUCGCGUAUUGGAUCUCGUUCGGCCUCGCGUUCGUCAAUAAUGGUUAUUCAGACGUACGAUGGCGUUUCUUACUCGCCUUCCAGUGCUUCCCGGCAUUGCUCCUCGUCGCGUUUAUCAAAAUGUUGCCCGAUAGCCCCCGCUAUUUGGCCUCGGUGGGGCGGAACGAGGAAGCCCGAGAUCUUUUGAACCGGAUCCGCAAAGACCGAGCUUCUCAGGAGGAUAUCGAUCAAGAAUACCUUGAAAUCAUAACUAUUGCGCGGGGAAGCAAGCCCAGCUCCCCCGUCGAGUUUGUAAAAAUCUUGUUUGGAAAGGGUGGGAAGCCGGGGCUCAAUCUUGGCCGACGCGCUUGGCUCUGUGUGUGGCUUCAAAUAAUGGCAUCCUGGACAGGUAUUACAGCUGUGACUGCCUAUUCUCCAACCCUACUUGCCCAGGCAGGUUAUAGCGAUAUAAAGCAGAAUGGUCUUGCUGGAGGAAUCAACACAAUUGGAAUCAUCGGUACUAUUAUCAGUGCACAAAUUAUCGAUCGCUUGGGCCGACGUGUUUGUUUAAUGGGCGGAGCAGCUGUGUUGUUCGCCGUCAAUCUUAUUGCCGGAGCUGUUUACGAGGGCUCGAUACAUAAUCCCGCGAAGGCAUCUCAGUAUGCGCCUGGUGCGGUGACCAUGCUAUUUCUGUUUAAUCUGGGCUAUGCUGCAACAUGGGGCACGGUUGCUUUCUUAGUCCCCACCGAGAUCUUCCCCAGUGAUCUGCGAGCCCAAGGCAAUGGAUUCGGCAUCACAGGGUGGGCCAUUGGUGUGGGUAUGACCACUUUGGUUAACCCGAUCAUGUUUGAUGUCAUGACCAGCCGUACAUACUUCCUGUUUGCUGGCCUUAAUCUUCUAUGGAUCCCGAUCGUCUACCUUUUUUAUCCCGAAACCCGAAACCGGUCCCUUGAGUCCAUUGACGCUCUUUUCUCGACUUCUAGCCCCUUCCACUGGAAGAUGGAAGAGGCGUACAAACUCCAUGGCGAUGUCCUUGCUGAACACGGAGUCAACAAGAGAGAGGCUCUCGGCGAGGGCAAAGCCGACCAGACGACAUUUGAAAACCUCUCCAGCUCGGUUUGA